GGAAGGGCUCUGGAAUUCUUUGCAUCAGCUUAAGAAGAUUUUAACAGCUUCGAGUUCUGUCCAGAGGGAAAAGGUUUGAACAUUUGGUGAAUCUCUUCUGGGAUCAGAUAAGCUACAGGACUUUGCAGUAGCCGUAAUUACGACUGUUCUUCCAAAGAAUGAAGAUUUUGAUAAUGAUUGAUUUUGUCCUUGCAGCUAGUUUGAUGGAUAAUGCUGACAGUUCUGAUUUACAGAACUGUUUUCAAGAGCAGAUACAACUUCAGGGCCAGGUGAGGCUUCUGGAACAUCGUGUGAAACAGCAGCAGUUAAAAAUUAUGCAGCUUUUAGAGAAGAAAGAGUUACAGUCCAGUGACAGAGGAGAUGGAAACAGUUUCAUUGAUUUGGGAGGAAAAAGACAGUAUUCAGACUGUGCAGAAAUCUACAAUGAUGGCCACAAGCAAAGUGGGUUUUAUAAGAUGAAACCUAUCCAGAGUCCUACUGAAUUCCUUGCCUUCUGUGACAUGUCUGAAGGGGGUGGUUGGACUGUUUUUCAGAGGCGUUCUGAUGGCAGCCAGAACUUUGACAGACUCUGGACUGAUUACGAAGAAGGCUUUGGAAAUUUUGUUUCUAAAAAUGGUGAAUAUUGGCUUGGAAAUAAAAAUCUUCAUUAUUUGACUAAUCAAGGGAACUAUACUUUAAGAAUUGAUCUAACUGAUUUUGAAGGAGAACGGCGUUUUGCACAAUAUGCAAGAUUCAGAGUCAGAGGUGAAGAGCAUUCUUAUGAGAUGAAUUGUGGUGAAUACUCUGGCACAGCUGGUGAUUCCCUUACUGGUGGAUUUCAUCCUGAAGUAAAAUGGUGGGCUGAUCAUCGAGGAAUGAAAUUCAGUACUAGAGACAGGGACAAUGACAACUAUGAAAGGAACUGUGCUGAAGAGGAAAAGUCUGGCUGGUGGUUUAACAGGUGUCACUCUGCCAACUUGAACGGUUUGUACUACAAAGGCCCCUACACGGCAAAGACAGACAACGGGAUUGUUUGGUACACUUGGCACGGGUGGUGGUAUUCUCUGAAAUCUGUUGUCAUGAAGGUCAGACCAGCAGACUUCAAACCUGAUGUUGUUUAAGUACUUUAUUAAGAUGACUUAUCUAGAUAAUCUGUUAGCAAAUCAGGCCAAGUUAAAACUAAUGGGCUGGUUUUUGCUGCUCAGCUGUGCAUAUAUAAAUCUGGAAUAAUUCCUCUGCAACCAGUAGUUUUAUGGGAUGUAAAUGAGAAAACAAUCUGGCCUAUGAAUCUGUAGAAACAAUUACUACUGCUAACACAUAUUCGGGGUUUUUUAAAAAGGUAGUUGUGCAACUAGAAAUAAGGACAUCUUCAUCAACGUGGAGAGUUUUUUACUUCUGCAGUACUUACAAAUCCUUUCAUCUCUUAAAAAAACAAUUUUGUCACUGUGUUGUCUGAAAAAUUAAUUGUACAUGUUACAACUGAAAAGUAUUUCAAUGCAAGUGUAAAGCUGGUAUAGUCAGUGGACAGAACAUACUUUCUUUGGAAUUAUUCAAGACUUUAUAAGUGAGGUGCCUGUAAAUUCCUCUUAAUUACUUGUUGCCUGUGUUGUGUACAUAGCUCACAUUACAAAUAUAAAGGAUCAGGCAGGGAGUUGAAGGGAGAGAAGGGAUGCUACCAGGCUACAAUCGGUUGAAUGCAGCAUACAGAAGUGGAUUGUCUGAUGUCAGUGAAGCAUUUCUAGGACUGGUCACAUCAUUUCAAUCUAACAUUUUUAGAUGGUCAGGAAUUAUGCUUUUCUUCUUCUAGGUAACUAUUAUGCCUUCGGAGUUUUUUUGGUAACAUUAGGUAACAAAACCUGGACUUUAAUGUGUUGACAUUUAGAGUUUACCAAAAGGCUAAAUA